AUGGCGGCGGAUCCUUUCGAAGUUCGGAUGCGCUUUAGCGGCCAGCUUCAACACUUGAAUGCAAGUACUACCGCUGCCCAGAAAGCUGCCCAGUAUGCAAUGAAGUACAAAGAUAUGGAGGAGGAUCUGCACUCCUGUAUUCUCGAGCAGAUUGAGAAGACUAGCAUGAACACACGUGCAAACAUCAUGUACUUUCUGGAGCACUUGCUGGAGAUGGCAUCAAAGGAUCGCCAGAACCAGUAUGUUCGAAUGAUGCAGAGAGAUAUUAUUCGAGUUGUAGAUGCAGUCUGUCCGGAAGAUGGAUCCGGUGCCGCCAAUGUCAAAGUUGUCCGACGGGUGCUUCAAAGCUUAAUGAACAAGUCUAUUCUACUCGAACAGACGGUGCUCGAGAUUGAAGGCUGUCUUAAAGAGCGCGAUACCUCUAUUGACCUUGGCUUCUCUUCACCUGCCAAUGGCGACGACGCUUCCCGUUCGCGUAAUGGUAACGGUGCCGCCAGUUCUCACCGCCUCGACAAGCGCCAGAUUGAGCAGCGCAUCGAAGAGGAUCGUGAGCGACACAAGCGUAUGCGCGAGAGCAUGUGGGCGGUUCCCGGAACCAUAGAGGAGGAGGCAAUGAAGCUUCUCGAAGAAACAAGCGAUCUCGGAGAAGAUGAUCACAUCCUAGGCCGCGAGGAAUGGGAAGAGUUUCAGCGGGAAGCUGAGAUGAGCAAAUGUCAUCAUCUCCGACAAAGAGAUGCUACCACCAAUGGGUCUUCAUCGCACUAG